GUAAUUUUGGUAUAAAUAGAACCGACAUAUUUCCUCAAUUUUAUUCUUGAAAAGAUGCAGUGGAAAACCGUUCUUCUUCUUUUUGUUCUAACAGUGACAGGAGGACAUACAGAUGAAUUAACAACCGAACAAAAUCAGCUCAAAGCGGUCAAAAGUGAGAGCAACACGCCGGAAAUAGUCAAGAAUUCCAGUGAAAUAUCUUCAACAACAGCAGCUAACAAAGAUUUGGAGACCACUUCGCCGGAAAUAAUCAACAAUUUUAGUGUGAUAUCUUCGACAACAACAACUAACAAAGAUUUGGAUGUGAGUUCACCGCCAUGUACAAAUGAACAUACUCCAGCGGUUAAGAAUGACAAUGAUGUCGAAACGGCCAGAACAAAAACAGUAAUAAAAGAAAGUUCUCGGCCUCAUUACGUCUAUUAUCCAUAUCCAUAUAACAAUGCACCCACAUAUCCACCUCCGACACCGUACAGUACCACACGAAGACCGUAUCCAACAUAUCCAUCUUAUCCACCAUACUAUCCAUAUCCUUAUCCGCCAGGCUAUCCGUUCCCAAAUGGCCCAUCAUACUACCCACCAAUUUUCGCACCCUUCCCAGGCUUUCGUUCAGUGAGCUACAACCAAAAUAACGAUUUGCCGCGAAGCGCAGUAUUUAAGCCCGUCGAAGAGGAGGAAUAUUUUGUGACCCACGAAAAAUCGAACUCAGCCCAACAAUCCGCAACUAAAACUGUGCCUUUUUGGAAUUUUUUAAAUUUUGGAAAUUUUAAAAAAUAAAUUUCUUUCGCUGUGGAUGAUUAAGUGUAAAGAUUUAAACUUGUAUUUUUGUUUUGUUUUUAUUCAUCGCACAAAUUGAAAUGAUUUUAUAGCUUAUGACUCACAAG